GCCGUAAUUCAGGGAGGGAUCCAUCUCUUCCCGCUCUCGCGGCAGUCUCGCGGUAUUUCCUUCCCCCGCGGGAAUUAUUUGAACGCUCUGGCGGUAACUCCACCCUGGGUGCUCAGCUGCCUGCUGACCGGAACCCGCGGCGGCUCUGUAAACUUGACCUGCGGGCCGUAGGCACCCUGCAGCCCGGAGCGGACGGGGCUCGUCCCGGCCGGGUGCCGGCGCCAUGGGGGCGGAGAAGAAGCUGCUGCCGGUUAAGGAGGCCUUUCAGCUGGCGCAGCAGCCGCACCAGAACCAGGCGAAGCUGGUGGUGGCGCUGAGCCGCACCUACCGCACGAUGGAUGUUAAAACGGUUUUUCAUGAGGAGUUUGUCCAUUAUCUUAAAUAUGCUAUGGUGGUCUAUAAACGUGAACCAGCGGUGGAGAGAGUAGUAGACUUUGCAGCCAAGUUUGUUACUUCAUUUCACCAGUCAGAUAUGGAAGAUGAUGAGGAAGAGGAAGAUGGUGGCAUUUUAAAUUAUUUGUUUACCUUUCUUUUAAAGUCUCAUGAAGCAAACAGCAAUGCAGUUAGAUUUAGAGUGUGCCAGCUCAUAAACAAGCUCUUGGGAAGUAUGCCAGAAAAUGCCCAGAUUGAUGAUGAUUUGUUUGAUAAAAUUAAUGAAGCCAUGCUUAUUAGAUUGAAAGAUAAAAUUCCAAAUGUGAGGAUACAGGCAGUUCUGGCUCUUUCACGACUUCAGGAUCCCAAAGAUGAUGAAUGUCCAGUCGUUAAUGCAUAUGCUACUUUGAUUGAAAAUGAUUCAAAUCCAGAAGUUAGGCGUGCAGUGUUAUCAUGUAUUGCACCAUCAGCAAAGACUUUGCCAAAAAUUGUGGGGCGCACCAAGGAUGUGAAAGAGACUGUCAGAAAGCUGGCUUAUCAGGUUUUAGCUGAAAAGGUUCAUAUGAGAGCUCUGUCCAUUGCUCAGAGAGUAAUGCUCCUUCAACAAGGUCUUAAUGACAGAUCAGAUGCUGUGAAACAAGCAAUGCAGAAGCAUCUUCUCCAAGGCUGGUUACGUUUCACUGAAGGAAAUAUAUUAGAGUUGCUUCAUCGGUUAGAUGUGGAAAAUUCUCCUGAAGUGGCAGUCUCUGUUCUCAAUGCCUUAUUUUCAGUGGCUCCUCUUAAUGAACUGGCAGAAAUCUGUAAAAAUAAUGAUGGCAGGAAACUGAUUCCAGUGGAAACAUUAACUCCUGAAAAUGCUUUGUAUUGGCGUGUCCUUUGUGAGUAUGUGAAAUCAAAAGGAGAUGAAGGUGAAGAAUUUUUGGAGCAAAUUUUGCCAGAGCCCAUAGUGUAUGCAGAGUAUUUACUAAGUUAUAUUCAGAGUAUCCCAGUUGUUAAAGAUGAAAUGAAAAAUGAUUUUUCUUAUAUUGGAAAUUUGAUGUCAAAAGAAUUUAUAGGUCAACAGUUAAUUCUAAUUAUCAAGUCUUUGGAUACAAGUGAAGAAGGAGGAAGGAAAGGACUACUGGCUGUUUUACAGGAGAUUCUUACUCUACCCACAACCCCGGUAUCCCUACUUUCUUUUCUUGUUGAGAGAUUGCUCUGCAUCGUUAUGGAUGAUAAUAAGAGAACACAAAUUGUUACAGAAAUUAUCUCAGAGAUUAGGGCGCCCAUUGUUACUGUUGGUGCUGGUGAUCCAGCUGAUGCAAGAAAGAAAGAACUCAAGAUGGCAGAAAUAAAAGUUAAACUUAUUGAGGCAAAAGAAGCUUUGGAAAAUUGCAUUAACUUACAGGAUUUUAAUCAAGCAUCAGAAUUAAAAGAAGAAAUAAAAGCAUUAGAAGAUGCCAAAAUAAACCUAUUGAAAGAGACAGAGCAACUUGAAAUCAAAGAAGUCCAUAUAGAGAAGAAUGAUGUUGAAACACUACAGAAGUGUCUUAUUUUGUGCUAUGAACUGUUGAAGCAGAUGUCCACUUCAGCUGGUAUAGGUGCAACCAUGAAUGGCAUCAUUGAAUCUUUGAUUCUUCCUGGAAUAGUAAGUGUUCAUCCUGUAAUAAGAAAUCUGGCUGUUUUAUGCUUGGGAUGCUGUGGACUACAGAAUCAGGAUUUUGCAAGUAAACACUUCGUAUUACUGUUGCAGGUUUUGCAAAUUGAUGAUGUGACAAUAAAAAUAAGUGCUUUAAAGGCAAUCUUUGACCAACUGAUGACGUUUGGUAUUGAGCCAUUUAAAACUAAAAAAAUCAAAGCCGUACAAAGUGAAGAUGCAGAAAUAAACACUGAUGGAGACCAAGAGUUCAAAGAAGCUGAAGAAGAGACUGCUACAGCCAAGAAUGUUCUGAAACUCCUUUCUGAUUUCUUAGAUAGUGAGGUGUCUGAACUCAGGACAGGAGCUGCAGAAGGACUAGCCAAGCUGAUGUUCUCAGGGCUCUUGGUCAGCAGCAGGAUUCUUUCUCGUCUUAUCUUGUUAUGGUACAAUCCUGUGACUGAAGAGGAUGUCCGACUUCGACAUUGCCUAGGCGUGUUCUUCCCCAUGUUUGCUUAUGCGAGCAGGACUAAUCAGGAAUGUUUUGAAGAAGCCUUUCUUCCAACUCUGCAAACACUGGCCAGUGCUCCUGCAUCUUCUCCUUUAGCUGAAGUAGAUAUCACUAAUGUUGCUGAGUUACUUGUAGAUUUGACAAGACCAAGUGGAUUAAAUCCUCAGGCCAAGAAUUCACAAGAUUAUCAGGCCUUAUCAGUUCAUGACAAUUUGGCUAUAAAAAUUUGCAAUGAGAUCUUAACAUGUCCAUGUUCACCAGAAAUUCGGGUCUAUACGAAAGCCUUGGGUUCUUUAGAACUCAGUAGCAAUCUUGCUCAAGAUCUUUUGGUUCUAUUGAAUGAAAUUCUGGAGCAAGUAAAAGACAGGACAUGUCUGAGAGCUCUGGAGAAAAUCAAGAUUCAGUUAGAAAAAGGAAAUAAAGAGUAUGAUGACCAAGCAGUAGCAGCACAGGAUGCCAACAUGACUAUGACUGCUUUUCAAAUUGAAGAUGAAAAAAGUAAAGAAGCAUAUAAAACUCCUCUCAGGGAUGUAAAAGCAACCCGAGCAUCAAAAUCCACUCAGCAGAAGACUAACAGAGGACGGAGAAAAGUGACAGCUUCAGCUAGGAUGAACAGGAGACGUCAGACUGUGGAGGUUGACUCUGAAAGUGACCCUGAAAUUCCAGAGCCAGAAUCAGAAAUGAAGAUGAGAUUGCCAAGACGAGCCAAAACAGCAGCACUAGAAAAAAGUAAACUUAACCUUGCAGAGUUUCUCAAUGAAGAUACAAGUUAGAAGAGAUGAUGGAGGUGAAGUCCUUUUAACCAUGUCCUUUAAAAUUAUGUUCAGUUUUCUGCUUUAAUAAAGUUACCCUUGUAUCAAAAUCAGAAAAUGCCUGAUAGCUUGUAGGACUUUGUGCUGUGUGACUCCACGUUACUUUGGCCUUUACUGAAACAUUAGGACAGCACCUGGCUGGCGCUCCACAGAAGCCUGCAGCGGACCCGGGGGUGUAACCAGCGU